AUGGGUGCCAUGUUUCCUUCGGAGGACAAGUAUGGUCCACGGUUGAGCAUGUCCUUAUGUCACUAUUCCUCAGAAGAUCUAGACCACCCUGCAAGCGCUUUGCGCUAUCAUACGCGAAGCACUCUUGGAUGGCAGUCAAAAAAAGAGUGUCCCUAUCCUCAAGAGUUAGGUUUUUCUUUCGAAGGUGAAGUGGAGUUGCGUUUUAUUCGAAUACUAGUACACGAAUGCAAAAUUCCUUCACGUAUUGAAGUAUUCGUUUCAGGGGCUACAGAAGAAGAAAUAGAAUCUGGUAAAGUCAGGUCAUAUGAAUCAAGUACAUUUCAUCGCUUGGGAUAUGUUCAACUUUCUACAAAUGAGGAAAACAAAUAUGCAGCUCGUGAGCUGAAGACCAUUAAUGUUAGUCGAAGGUGUGUUUAUGUUAAACUCCUUAUAUCAAGGCCUCAUCGGUGUGACUACAACGUUUUUCAUCAAGUGGGUAUUAUAGCGAUGACAAGUCAUGGUGUACUUUUGCGUACACUUCAGAAUAGGUUAACAAAAGAAAUUUGUCUUGUGGGUGAGGUAGUAGAGGUACCAUUGGAUGAAAUGUCUCCGCCAUCCCUGGAUGAUUUAGAAUAUAAAAAUCUAGAAGAAAAUGGUCGUGAAAUUGAUGUUCCGACCUCUCGUCGUAUUACAGAAGUUAUGCUUAUGAAAGAUCGGGCAGUAGCUGUAGAAGAUUAUGAUCUUGCAGCUUCUUUGAAGACGUUUUUGGUUUUCCUUGAGGAAUCUGGUAAGAAACUUUAUCAAUUAGAAAAACAAAAAUCUGAUGCCGUAAAAAAGGAAGAUUAUGCUUUAGCCAAACAGAUAAAGCGUGAGAUAGAUGGUUUGCGGGAGAAGGCUUAUAGAAUUCCUGAAACUUUAUUAAAACAAAAUGAAAAGAUUGCUCCUUUAAAUAGUAGUAAUCAAUACCCCUCCUUGCAAGAAGAAGAGUUAACUCAAGAGCAGCCGAAUCAUAUUGAGAAACCAAUCAAGUCUCAGGCCUCUCCAAUAAUAACUGAUGCCAGUUCACCAAAAUUUUUUGAUGAAACCCCAGUUUGUGGUAAUGGGAAAUACAACUUUGACUCCUCAGAAAUAGUAACACGUAUAGAAGAAAAUGAUGUUAAAGGUAAUAAUGGUGGUGUCAAUAUUCCUCUGGAACUUAUGGAGGGAAAACCAGAAUGGGAAAAAACGAUCAAUUCUACUAUAUUGCGACUUUCUGGUGAACAACAACCUGCAUCACCUUUGAAAGGUGAGGUGCUUACCGAAGCUAGAAGUUCUGAAAAAGUUUUUGGAACGUACUGUUCUGCAUGUUUGUUUGGAAAAAAAGGACAACUUCGUGAAGUUGCUAUUAGAGCUAUUGUAUCUCCUGAAGGGUUUGCCGCCCUUUCUUCGCACUCUCCUAUUGUGGUUGAAACUCUUUUAUUGUAUAUGGCACUCCCAUCUCGUGGUAUUGCUGAUUCGGUUGCACAAGUUGUAUUGUCCUCUUGUGAAGCUCUUUUAGCUAUUUUAACAGGUAAGUUAAAGGAUGCUCCACUAGCAUCUUCCCUAAUACCACAAUUGAGUUCUCUUCUUCCUGAAUUGGUGAAUCGUUCAGGUGACAACAACAACCGUGUUCGUGAUACAGCUGAAUCUGUUAUUAUGGGAAUUUCUGAAAUUGCCCUUGAGGCUGUUAUUUCAGCCCUUCUAGUGGACCCUGACAAGGUGAAAAAACGACCAGUUUCGUACAAAAUUCAUCUUGCACGUCUCAACAUACUUAGUUCCCUUAUAGAUCGUUAUUAUGUUAAUGGUAGUGAAUCUAUCUCUAAUCGUGUAGAUGACAUUCUCUCAAAAGUAGUUUUGAAUUCUUUACAGCAUUCUAAUGGUGAGGUGCGGGAGGCUGCAAAUCAUCUAUUUGCCAAAAUUCUUAUUUUAGAGCCAAAACGUGCGGCAACGUAUUUAGAAGGGUUAAAAUCUUCUCAAGUGAGUGCUAUAAAAGAGCAUGUAAUCUCUUUAAAGGCAACUAAUCCCACAAGAAAAUAUUCUACCGGAACGGAGUCUAGAGUUACUACCUCUUCUGAAAUUGCCCCAGAUACAAGCGAAAAUAAUUCCACUAGAGAUUUACCUAAUCAUAUUUCUGAGAAAGAAGGUAACCAUCAUACGAUGAAAAGAUGUCAAUUCUGUGGUGAAUGUGAUGAAACUUUUACAGAGGCUGGACUAGAUAUUCAUUAUAUUCGUGCAUGUCCAAUGCUUUGUCCAUGUCCAUUGUGUGAUCAGGUGACAGAAAUUGCCACUCUGCAGCCACAUCUUACUUCUGAAUGUGAAAACCGACACUUAGUACGUGAAUGUCCCAGGUGUAAAGAAGCAGUACGGGUAGAAGACUUUAAGAAACACCUUGAUGCAAUGUCCUGUAUUAAGGCCGUACCAACUCAUAGUGUAUGUCCUUUAUGUCAUGCACGAUUUCAGACUGGAUCUGCUGGUUGGUUGGCACAUUUAGCAUCUCCGCCAGGGUGCCCAAACAAUCCGAGAAAGUAUGAUGGUACUGGUCCCAUAGCGGAGUAG